GGUUCAAACCAAAAUGGCGGAGAAUUCGAGUCCCUGAACCAGAGAAGGAUGAAAUUCAUUGUGUUAUGGUACUUGUUUUGUGGAAUUAUUAGAAGUUAAGUAUUCUGAAAUGAAAAUGCAACAUCAAGCAAUAUUUCAGAUUCAGUACUCUUCAUCUAGUAUUCAAAAUUCACUGGUCUUCACUGCCUGUUCACUGUGCACUUUCCCUCACAAGAAUGGACAAUCAGUGCUCAUUUUAAGCUUUUAAAUCUUACGCUGAUGUCUUGGGGAAAUUUUGAGGAACUCAAGGUAAAUAAUUAACUUGAAGUUUAAAAUUUUUUUAAUGUUUAAGAGAAUGAAAGAGGCACUGUCACGUCUAUCCUAAAAUACAAGCCUAGGUUGUUCACAAGGUGUAUGGUGCCGGCAAUCCACCGGAUAAAUCUGAUGUCCUUAUCAACUCAGGAAGCUAACGUUUAUUAGAUAAAUAUGCAAAUGUGUUCAAGUGCAAGAAUCAAUGAGCUGCUCUUUAUCUUCCAUUGUUAGUUCUUGUCACAUGUAUUAUAAAUAAUAUAAUGUAACUGACCAUAACUACAUGUAAGCAUAUAUUUAUAUAAUUUUGCAUCUAGCCAUUUCUGUAGUAUUAUUACAGUCAAAUCCCGCCACUUAAUACGAACACCUCAUUAUUACGAACAGUUUUUUUUGUCCCUGGGGAAAGAAAGCCCUUACACUUUCUCUAAAUUCAACCCGCUUAAUUUGCACACCCCGUUAGUAUGGACGUUUCCUAUGGCCCCCUCAGUGUCCGUUUUAAUGGGGUUUGACUGUAUUUUGCAUGUUCAAAGUACCAUAUAAAUUACUGAAUUAAUUUAAUUUUCAUAAUAAUAUUAUUGUUAUUGUUGAACAGAAAUUUGCAAGGAAGCAAGGAAAUAUCAAGAAAAAGAGACCUCAAGUGGGUUAGUUGGAGGCCAGUUUGAAGUUAUUUAUACCUUUUAAGUCCCAAGAGUGACCGACAUCAGUUUUCUCCCAACAUAUUCCACAUGUCAUCAAUAUGAAAAGUUAAGAGAAUUUGUUAAUAUGAUCACCAAAGGGAAAGAGCUUUCAGGGGUGUAGCCAGCACCUUUUCAACUAGUUUUGAUAAACUGAGGGAAAAGCUGAUUAAGUUUGUAAAAAGGUUUACAUUAACAAUAUAUUUCACAAAUUUAUCAAAAAGGAGAGGAUUUCUUGCUUAAAUUCUGGCAUAGCAGACACCUUUGAGAACCACUGAAGAUAUAACAUUUUGCUUUACAAGUCAGUAGGGUCUGUACUAACAAAAACAAUGAGGGCCCUGUAAAUAGAUUCCUUCAUUGGUUUUGAGCUUUUUAUUUCUUUAAGGCUUACAGUCUUUAAUUAAUGAUAUUGUUAUUUUUGCAUUGUUAAAUGUAUGUAAACUAGGAGGGCAAAACCUGUCAGCAAGCAAGCGGAGAAGAACAGACAGUGGAACUCCAUCAUUUGUGGUGGGUCAUUUUCAAUCAUAAAUUUGCAUAACAGUUCAAAUUUAUUCUUGAACUGAGUUAAUGUAUUAAGUGACUUGAACAAAAACAUGUAAAAGCUUAUUAGUAUUUUGUAGUUCCCAAUUUGAAUCUUUUUUGCGGAGAGUACAAAACUGACUAAAUUGUAAAAUAAGUAUCUUAUCUAACUGUGAAUAUUUCUUUGAAGUCCAUCAGUGAUAGUGGAGAGAUUGAUGGUUUUUCAACUGAUGAAGAAAAAGAUGAGGAUAGUCUAGAUAUUUCCUCAGAUUCUUUACCCAGGUAAGAAUUUGCAUGUUUAUUCCUUUUGUUAUGCCAGCUGUUGCAUGCAUAUAACUGUACCAUAUCAGUUUUUAACACAUGACGACACUUUUCAAAAUGAAAAGGAAUGCUAUCUCUUGCAGUACUGUUUAAUGACACUGCUUUGCAUUCUUGAUGGUUUAGGGCAGUGAAAGUGGGUUGAUAGUUACAUCAGUCUUUUCUGGCAUCUUAGGUAGUUUUAUUAGCAUGUUGUAUCAUUUUGACUGUCAGUGAUUUGUUGUUUUUUUUCACCCCUCUGUUUUAUUGUAAAGGAGUUUUCUGAUUAAGCCCCUUGUCAAAAGGAAGUACUCAAAGGUAUGAUCAUGUUAUGCUGUGUUCCAACAUCUAAUGCCCUUGAUUGUAAAGAUGGGUACUAAUUUGCUACCUGAUCAAAAAACAAACUCUACAAAGUAAUCUGAAUGCAGUCAAAGCUUUCAAAAUGAACUUAGUAUCAGGCAUCUGUAUUCCUGUUAAAAUCCAUUCUCAGGUUAAACCAGCAUUCAAGCUGCUAUCAAACCUCCCAUAAGCAGCCACCUAAAAUUUGAAGAUUUAAUGGUUGCUUACAGGAGGUGGUCGCUCAUGAAGGUUAGACUGAAUUACAUGUAGGUUAACAUUUUGUUCGGGGGUUCUUACCCUGAUAACAUAGGUUAAAUACUUGUUAAUUUGGCCUGAGAACAGAUUUUACCUACAAUAGCUACACUAUCCAUGGCUACUUGUUAAUAAGUACACUGACUAUUACUCAAGACAAAGCCUCUAUUAAAUGGCUGCCUCUCUUAAAAGGAUGUGUCUUCGGCAUUCUUGUUUUGAUUUGCAGUCUGUUGUCCCUUGGUGUGUAAUUAGUUUAUAAGUAAUUUAGUUUCUUUGGUUUUCCUGUGUCUUUUGUACUUGAUCUGAAAGUUUGUUAUUGCUCCAUUUAGCUAAAUUUAUUUUUCUUUUCCCAAAGAUAAUAACUCAAGAUACAAGCCGUUAGGCUAAUUGUUCAUCAUUGCAAUUCUGCAAAAUGAUUUUCAACCACAGAAAAGCUCUUAAUUAGUAUAGUGUGGUUUUUAAAUCAGGUUCUAUACCACUGUACUUAGCAAGAUAUUCUCUGAUAGUUAUUUUAUACCUUGAUUUUCAUCCUUAGAGGCAAGCCUUGCCAGACAAAAGGGGUUCAACAUCCUCAGCCCUCACCACACACACAGACACCUCACAUAAAGGAGACAAGUCCCGAGGCUGUAAAAGCUGUGAUUUUCCUGAUGGGGCUUAUGAACUAAUGAAGUAUGCUGAAACAUCCAAGCAAAAAACAGGAAUAGUCUGGUACACAAGUGAUAAUGAAGGUACCAUGCAAAUCAUUCUUCUUUUUGUACUUCAUUUUAUAAGUUAUAACUGUAUCAUAAGUUAGCAUAUGAUAAGUUAUCUCUGUUGUCCCCUGAGUUGUUAUGGAAAAUAUCCCAGGGAUAAACUGGCACUCUGAGAGUGUGUCUGGUUAUCCAUCAAAGAAUGCAGCUAUAACUAAAGUUAUUGUUUUUAUUGAUGCAGCAUUAGGCAUCGGAGAGCGGAAAAUUCUCUGUUUACUACUCAGAAUUCUCCGGCUAAAGUUCAAUAGCCUAUGACUAUUUGAUUACAGUUAGUUUUUAAUGCAGUUAGCAGGCAGUUUAAAAGAAAUAAAAACAAAGAACACUUUAAAAAUGGAUAAUAUUAUGAUUUUGAAUUUUGGUGUCUAGUUGAUGUUAUGGUUAUGUUAUAGUUCCAUUUCUUCCUCGUUUUUAAUUUGCGAUCCCUGACACUGUGUAAGUUGCAUAACAAAUACCGUAUCUUUCUUUUAAAUAACCUGUCACCUGACCUUUUAAUUCUGUGUUGCUCAGCUCUAAGGUAAUUAAUUAUGUAAAAAAACUCAGCAAAUGGCUUGAAAAUGUCAAUCAUUAUCAAAGGAUAACAUUGAACCACAACAGAUACAAAAGUAAGCUGAUCAUGGUCUGAUAUUUCAAAAGGUAUGAGUUUGGAGAGAUACAUUACCUAAAACUUUUCUAUUUAUAUAGAAUUACCUCAAGUAUUUUCUGAUGGAUCUGACAGUGAUGACACUAAAACAAGCUUUCCAUCAAAGCUUUCAGGAUUCAAAGCAAAUGAAGUCACUAGUGCAUCUGUAAGUUGAUGAUUUAAUGGUUGUGCACAUUAAUCAGGGCUAUAGGAAUAGCAAUUAUUAUAUGCAACUUGUCUACAUUAUUGUAUAGCUUCCUGCAGAGUUCUUUAGGAAGGUUAAAGUGUACAAUUAUAAAAAAUGUACAUUACAUGCACAAGCUAAGAAAAUGUUUCUUCUUUUUUUCAUAUUUCAAGGGAGAGGUUAUCAGUGACUUUCAGUCAGACUCUGAUCAAGACAGUUCACAGGUUGGUUGGAAAAUGCCAGUAUCAGGGCUGUAGCUAGCAAGAGCCAACUGAACAAAUCUGCCUCUUAUAGAUUAAAAAAAAAACCAAAAUAUUUCAAGUUUGGAAGUGAAUAUAACCAUUUGAACCUGAUGGAUUUUUCUGAAGAAAUAUUCAAAUGAAAAAACUGAAAGAGCCACUGUUUCAGAGCCCCUAGAUUUCAAAAUUUUCUGGGGGUAAGCCUUACAAAUGUAGGAAUUUAAAAUAUCACAGAUCAUCAGCAUUUGCUUGUGAAGUGAAGUGGAACUGUGUAGUAAAAUUUGUUUGAGCAUCAUUGUAUUGUAUCACCCUGGUUCACCAACCUGUCUUCCAGAAUUCAAAAAACAGUGACACAAAUAAUGAAAUGACAGUAGUCUUUGCAUGACACAGAUGUUGGUGAUAGAGGACUGGUAGUCAGUAUGUUUUAGUCAGUGAUGAGAACUUUCUUUACAGCAAUGCUAUAAUAUUCCUCAGGAAUCCUUUUCUGCAGAAAUUUCUACCCCCACCCCCACCCCAGUUAGUCCUGCUGUUGUUGGCACUCCAAGAACUGCUAGUGAAUGGCUGAAACAAGUUCAACAGAAAUCACCUGACAAGAGUCAAGAGGGCAAGUCGCCCGAGGAGAGGGUUGCAGGGAUGAACCAAUGGGAUUCUGCUAGGAAGAAAAAGAAGUUUGUAAGGUAAAAUGAUGGUAGCAAUAAAUGACAGUAUUUCUCACAGUAAGUCAUCAUAAUAUUAUUGUAAUAUUAUUGUAACUGUACACUUGGCUUUUGGGACAAAAAGUGCAAUAUUUUUGUGUUCCAGUGGACAAAUGAAUGAAAGUCUAUCAGUAAGGGUGGCACAGUGGUGAUAGGACGCCUCCCAACAAUGUGGCCGGGGUUUGAAUCCUGGUGUCAAUGCCAUAUGUGGGUUGAGUUUGUGGUUGGUUCUCUCGCUUGCUCUGAGAGGUUUUUCUCCAGGUACUCCAAUUCCCCCCAUCUCCUUAAAAACCAACACUUCCAAAUUCCAAUUCAAUCUGGAAUGCAUGGACACGUUUUAACGAGUUCUGAAGAACUCCUUAGUGCUCCGUGGGUUAACAAAUUACAAGUUAUUUACAAAAAUUACAGUUAAACAGUCUGUGAGCUCAUUUUAUCAGUAAAUUAUCUUAAACAGUGGCUACUCAAAAGUUGGUGCACUGACAACUUUCUACAGCAUGUGUCAUGUCUUUCACAGAUCUGGCCUUGCAGAGCGGCUUCAGUACAUUAUUACAAGAGAGAAAUCAGAGAUAGCAUUUUGGAAUCACAGAGUUGCAGAUACAGAAAAGACAUCUACAAGUAUGUUCCCGUAGUUAGUGCUGUCCAUCGCUAUUCAAAGUGGUAAUUAAGUUGGGCAAAUCAUUAGUUCAUUAGGUCAGAAAUAUUCCAACUUGAUCCGUUCAGGUAACACUGUAUUAGAGUAACAUAGGUAUUAAUGCCAAUCGUAUUGUUAUUCUAUUGUACAUAUCUCUGUAGUUACAUGUAAAACUAAGAUUCUGAUCAUUUACUGUGCAUAUAUCAUAAGAUAUUUACAUUUUUGUCUCUAUAUAUCAUUCAGCAGGUAUAUCACCACAAACUGAUGGAUCUAUAAUCAUCCAGAUCUUAAGUGACCAUCUCGAAGGUUCAGUACAUGUUACUCAGUGUUGCUCCUGGUGCAGGGAUGAUGAUGGAGAUCCCCCUCAGGAGAGGAUUCUGUUUGUCUUGUUUAGUGGUGAGACUUGGAAGCAGUUUACAUUGCAAGUUGGAGCCUUAGUGAAAAUUCAUCCACCUUGGUAAGUUUAUUGUUAAAAAAAUGAUAAAAAUGAGCAAAAAAGUGAGCCCUUUGACGAAGAUUGUUUUUCCUGUAAAACUAAAAUGAAAUACUCCCUAAUUAGAAAAUUCCUUGUACAUUUCUGUUGUACAUUACUUGGUUCUGUGCCACUCACAGUUCUUUUUUUUUUCGGUCGUUAUUUUUGACAGGCAGAAGUUGGAUAUUCCUGGUGUUAGGUGUCCUGUUUUACUAUGUCCCUACUUCUGUCACAAGCUAAUCGCUGAGCAGUUGCCUGCAUUUCGAUUACAUUCAGUCACAGGUUGUAACAUAUAAAUGACUGCUACUGUAUUUUAAUGUUUUCUAUACAAUUAUUGGUAAUACACGUAUUGCAUUCAAGUAAGUCUUUUGUCUCAGUAAAUCAACGAAAUGUUGACGUUGUUGGCUUGACAGGUACCAGAAUGUUUAUUCCAAUAAGAAAUACAUCACCUUUGACAUCUACUUUACUGCAGUCACCACGAAAGGUAGUGAUUGUUAUAAUUAUAUUAUUCUGUUUAAUUUUGUUACUAAGUAUUUUAAAGGAGAUGAGGAACAAAUUUCGAGAAAUUAUGUAUUCAAAUUUUUGUUUUGUUAUUGUACGCACACUGGUAUUCAGGUUAUUUGGGAUGAACAACAAAGCUUUUCUUUGAUAUGAAGUUAAUUUUGUUGUAGGGAUUCAAACCGUCCAAAUUACUAUUUGGCAAUGCUGAAGAUGCUUUAUCUUCGCUGAGCAAAGUAACAGCAGUAGACAGAUCAUUGACUUGUUCAUCCAGACCACAUACAUCAAUACUGAUGGCAAUAGAGUCCUCUGGUGGAUGUAGUGGUGUUCGUGUUACCAUCCAGUGCUUGGUUCAGCGUGUGUACCGUAAGAAAGUUAAACUUGUUGGAGGAAACACAGACAUUAACAGGCAUGUAAUAAUUUCUUCUCAACGUCGCAGACGACUUUAACGUCUCUAGCAUAAAAACGGCCAAUAAUAAUAUUAAUAAAGAGAGUAAUAACAAUCUUAAGGAUUAUACAUAUUAUUACAAAUAUUAUUGCUAAAAUUAUUUAUAAAUAGGACACCAAAUUCUCUUAAUGAUCUGUAGCCUUAAAAGGGUACAAUCACUAUUUUUUACACUUGCUGUUUUUAUUUAUCUUUUCAGGAAAUCUAGGAGCCCGCUACUUCUGAAUCAGCAUCUUAAAUAUGCAGCUAAAAGUUUAGGUGAAGCUGAACGGGAACAACUAAGGUACAUGUUAAUGACAUGUGAUCAAACUGAGUCUGAAUGAUACCGUCUCCUGUCUGAUCAAGUUCCAUGUUUUUCUUUUGUUGUUGUUUUUAUUUCUCUUCUUUACUUUCGGCCGGCGGCAGGUGGGCACUUCUGGUUCAGGAUAUUCAUGGCGUGUGUGCCGAAAUUCAAGUUCCGUCAGAAUACCAGGAUUUACCUGACUGGUAAGUUUUGCUAUAAUUCUGAAGUUUAGUUCUUUUUCCUCUUUUUCAGCUUGGGUUGUAGGAACCUCUAGCUGUUCUAAUGAAGGUAGAAACAAAAAAAAUUCGCGAAAAAAUAGGCAAAUCAGAGACUCCAGUAAUGAGUGUAAUGCACCGAAGCCUCAGCUAUAGACGACUGAAAAUGAUGAGAGAUUAAUGAUAUUGUUCACGUACUUUUAAUUUCACAAAAGGAAACAACAUUUUUCCAUCUUAUACUGCCGGGUCUCUGGACUGUGCUGUUAUCUUUUUGUGCUUUUGUUGUAAAUGUAGAAUGUCUUACUUUUUACUCAGGCUUUCAUGUCUACAGCGAGGAGAAGGAAAAGUGUUUGUUUUUUCGCAAGUGAGAAUUCAACAGAGGACCAACAGAAUAAGGUAUUUAGUCAUAUCAUGUCUCUACGGCGGUCGGUCAGCGGUCGGUCAAACGAGGGACAUUUUCUGAAGCUCUGCAAAUUAUUUCAAAGUUACUGUUGUUUUUUUAACUGUGUAAUGUUUAAUAUACAAGACUGAUACGCUGUAAAUUUACUUGAAAAUGUUUUGAAAGUUUACUGAAAACGUUCUGGGUUUUUGAGAACUGAAGCUGGUGUUACUGUUGGCAACAUUUGUCAACAUAAUUUUUCCCAGGCUUGAACGUCGUUUUCGAAGAAAAAGAAGCUAAUGGUUUUGAGAAAACUGCAAAAAUUGUUACAUAAACUAAUUAUUUCAGUCUUCCUUGCUGACUUUUCCACUUAAUGGUAUAAAAUGGAAUCCCUCUUAACAAAACAUAAACAAGAUUUGGCCGAGUUGGACAUCUUAUAAAUAUUGACUGACCAUUUAGUUAGUAUUGAAGACAGUCUGAUAGUAAGGCAUGUUAUGUGGAAAUUUGAAUGAUCCAAAAUGUUUUUUUUGUAGAUCACCUGGGCUGUUUAGCAUUAUCGAGUCACUAUGUUCAAACAGAGUUGAAAAUACUGUGAGCGCUCAUAAAGGAAGCAGCCUGCAGAUCAUUAGUCAAGAAGUAAGACUUGAAACUAUCCUUACGGGAACUUCAGUCAAAAUGUUUUCCUACGUCUCUCAUUUUCAUGACGUGUCAAGAAAUUGCUGCACCGAGUGCUAAAGUAAGGCAAGAGCUUUAAAAUGGUUUUCUGUUCUCUAAAUACGUAAUAUCUCUUACAAGUGGCUUCCCGUAUUAUUUAAUAUUGACUCCACUUGAAUUAAUUACUGCUGUUGUGUUUUAUGCAGGGUGCGAGCCAAACAGAUGGCAGCCCAAGCCGGCCUCCAAGUUUCUGUUAUGUUUUAACGGUUGAAGAUUUCAGUCAGGCUGCUGAAGAUUCCAGUCGCACUGCUUCAAUAUGUGGCGGUGAAGGUGGGAUUGAACAGCUAACCUUUGCGAUUGCCUUUGUUCACACGAACUUUCUUUUGCUGUUUAUUCAUGUGAUUGUAAUUACCCUUCAUGAGGCUAUACAAACAUGUUGACAUCACAAGUCCACAGUGCAUGUUGGAUUAAACAAACACAAGGACAUGGCAUUAAUUUACCGACUCAGAGGAAACUGUGUUUCAUAUUAAGCCUGUUCAAUCAAAAAAUCACAUAUCUCAUUGGAAGUUUGAUAGAUGAUUGGUUAAAGCAUUCUUUUUACCUUACGUUUUGUGAGUGUUUUAGUCUUUUACAGCCUAUGAACACCAAAUGUUCUAACAUAACUUGCACAAACAGGAUUUGCAGUUUUAUUUCUUAUAUGUAUAAUUAGUUCAGUUAGAGUUUGCGUUAAGUGAAGUUAAAGUUAAUGAAUGUAAUUUAUUUUUCUUUUGUGUUUUUAGGUUUUCUCUAUAAACCGAUCACCUUCAGAACACUACGAGAUGUGCUUCAUAACCAGGAAAAUAAAAUUGAGCGGAUCAGUGUACUGUGCAAGCUCAUGUAUUGUCGAUUGAAUGAAUCAUCGAGUGGUAUUGGACGGCUGCAAAAUAGUUUUGAACUAUUUCUUACUGACCAUUCUGCGCAGAGUGCCACAGAGCUCGGUGAAACCACUGUCGAGUCACUCUCGUACGUUAAAGUUGUUGGAAAGAGCCAACACGUGUUACCUCAAGAAUUAAGAGAAGCUCACAUCAGCAAUGGAACAGUUCUUUCCUUACAAGACUUGCUCUUCAGGGCACAAGGUUAUUCCUUGAGUGAGAGGCGUAUGUUGUUUGGUUAAUUUUUAAUGAUAGUACUUCAUGGUUUAUGCAUUAACUGCGAUAUGCGUUGAAGCACUCUUUACCCGAUUUCGGCACGUUUUUAUGGAAAUAAGAAAACGGUAAUUAUAUAUCAGGUGAAAAAAUGUACAAAAAACAUGAUGUAGUUUUUAUUUAGUGAUUGAUGCCAAUGGUUUGCACUGUUUAUAGCAGAAACCCAGGAGUUGGUUGCUGAUACAUAUUCCCUUGUACGAAAAGCUGUCUCAGAAUCCACUUCAGUUGAUUCUAGCGUUACGGUAAGUCUGUGUAACAGUUGACCUUUUAUCUUAGAGUUAUAGCCGGCAUAACUGGCUUUGAGUUUCAGUUCCUGUUUUGGAUUGUGCACUGUGUUUUAACACUUGAUAUUCACUGACAGUCGUACACUUUCUUAUACCUAUUCACACCUGUUUUAUUUUUUGUUUCCCACCAGUUUCAUGAAGUCCGUGUUCCACAGAAUCAAAUCGAUAGGUUAUCCUGCCUUAAACCAUCUUCUCUUCCUUUUUUAACACGCCAGUCGAGCCGUGGAUGUCUUUAUCGCGUUGAAGGUGGGUUUUUCGUGCCAGACUCUUUUUGUUCAAGCUUCACCUUCGACAACCUCGUUCCCAGGGUUCUCUCCUACCCGCCCUACGUAGGAGAGAACCCUGGGAACGAGGUUGCACCUUCGACUGCAUGAUACAUAUGUAAUCAAGAGUUCUUCUUUCCUUGAUAUAGUGAAGUCAUUUUUUUUUUAAUCACAACGACAAUUACAAUAUUUGCUUCACAAUAAAGCUCAUGCUGAAGUCGCCCAAUUAUCUGUUAUUUUUUUGAUUUGAUGUUAAUAUGUGUGUACGUAUCUUGGAGAGGAAAUAGUUAACGAUCAAGGUUUUAUUAUAGGUGUUGUUAUCGGAAUUGACGAGGAGAGUGCGUGUUGUUGGUUGGCCUGUGACAUUUGUGGAAACGCUGAAAUUAAGGUUAAACAGGAAACAAGGUAUCUUCUUAUAAGUAAAACAUCAAUAUCAUCGCUAAAACAUGUAAAGUUCUUUACUGAGUGUAGUGUACUGUUAUGUUCAAAUGAAUCUUGCGACACUUACACUUGAUUUCGUUGUGUUUUAUAGUUCCCAGUUCUUCUGUUCAUCAUGUAACGUUCCAGUGGACUCGCCGCAAACCAAAACCUUCCUUGCUGUACUUCUAAAAGUCAAACGUUUUCCUGAGGCAAGCGUCCGAGUAACGGUGCGUAGUCCCGGCUGUGAUGUCCAGUGGUCCUUUAUUAACGCUCUGUCGGUAUCUUCUUAGAUAAAUCUCUCUUUGGUAACGGUCACCGCCAUCUGUAUUUGCAGACUGGGUCGGACAUUUAAUGAAUAUUGACACGUUGUUUUCUGUAGAAGUUCUCAUCUCUCCUUCAAGAAUGAUAUGCGAGAGAGCUAGGAAUUCUGUGCUUAAUGACUGAGACAUCUUCCUCUGUGACCGGCUUUUCAGUAGCUCUCGGUGUGAUGAAUCAGCAGUUAGAAUUACUUUAUCCAUCGUUUCAAACUGCUUCCGUUUUACUGAAGAUCCUUAUACACAGUAUCAAAAAUUAGAAUAUAUAAUUUAAUUGGUCAGGGCCGUGUUUUAACAAAAUCAGAUGUCUUUAUUACUGUUAUUAUUGAUUAACUGAUUGAUUGAUUAUUUUUUGCAGCUUCAGCAGAAUACAAUUGACAGACUAUUGCGAGUAUCUUAUCAAGACAGCGACCAGGUAUGUCAUUACAUCCACACCACGCCCCAGGGGGACAAAUGGUUAUUUCUUGUGAAGACUCUAUGUGACCCAGCCGGCAGGAAUGGAACGUCUCUUGGCUAUGAGAUAAGUGUGGAUAGGCCAGUCGAAUUAAUAGAAUCGGCUUCUACAUGGUGUAGGUUCUCUUGUUACUUGCUUUAGGGAUUUGGGUGCUAGAUAGUUUGCGAGGCCAGGGAUCUGGGCACAGGGUCUUGGUAAUAGCGAAGAAAAAGUAAUGACCCAAUACAAUUUGUUUAGAUCAGGGAGAAACAUGAAAAACGUUUUAUUUUCCAACUCAGCCGUUUAUCUUUAUCGCAGGGAUACGACAUUGAGGCUGUAUUGGGUAAACAUUUACCACCUAUGAGCUGUUACGUCACAGAGAUCACAGAACAAGGGACAUCAUGCAGCUUCUGUCUGGAAGAGAUUCAGUUACAUUAGCAGCUUCUGUCAUGGAAUAUUGUUGUAAAAUGAUAUUUUGAAUUUUUAUUUAGAAUUGAUCUUUCAAUUCUUCUUUAUUUCUUCGGACCGGUAUAGAAGUUAUUUCAGAGAGCUUUUAAUGAAAACCAAUAAACAACUUUUGUCCUUCUGUUGCCAGAGCCUAGGUCAGUUUAUUUUUCUCUCUACUAUGAAUAUUUAAAGGCCAAUCGAUGUUUACAUUUGUUUGUAUAUUUUUUCUUGCCAUUGUAAUCACCAGCUCUUAUGACCUCAGAAAAGAUUCGCUAAGAAUACCCCUGAUUGCUUCAUGCUUCUGAAACCAAGUUUACUUCACUUUGUGUGGUAUCCCUGUAA